CAUCUUCAUCUGGAUUUCUUCUUUUUCAGAUGGGUGAGUCAAACGAAGAUAUAGACCAAAUGUUCAGCAAUUUGCUGGGAGAGAUGGAUCUUCUGACCCAGAGUUUAGGAGUCGACACUCUCCCUCCUCCGGAACCUAAGCCGCCCAGAACUGAAUUUAACUAUAGUGUGGGUUUUAAGGAUUUAAAUGAGUCCUUAAAUGCACUGGAAGACCAAGAUUUAGAUGCUCUCAUGGCAGAUCUGGUAGCAGACAUAAGUGAAGCUGAGCAGAGGACAGUCCAGGCCCAGAAAGAGGCCUCUUUGAACCGGCCUCCUUCGGCGUCUCUGGAAGUUCCAGGUUUCAGUGGUGCAGCUUCUCUUGGUUACGGAGCAAAUGUUGCUGCAACAAGUAUUGGCCAAUAUGAGGAUGACUUACCACCUCCACCGGCUGACCCCAUGCUAGACCUUCCUCUGCCACCACCUCCUCCUGAACCUCUCUCCCAGGAAGAAGCAGAAGCUCAAGCCAAGGCUGAUAAAAUUAAGCUGGCAUUGGAAAAACUGAAGGAGGCCAAGGUCAAGAAGCUCGUUGUCAAGGUGCACAUGGAUGAUAACAGCACGAAGUCACUGAUGGUGGACGAGCGGCAGUUGGCCCGAGAUGUUCUAGACAACCUUUUUGAGAAAACCCACUGUGACUGCAACGUGGACUGGUGUCUUUAUGAAAUAUAUCCAGAACUGCAGAUUGAAAGGUUUUUUGAAGAUCAUGAAAAUGUCAUCGAAGUCUUAUCGGACUGGACAAGAGACACAGAAAAUAAAGUGCUGUUUUUGGAGAAAGAGGAAAAGUACGCUGUAUUUAAAAACCCCCAGAAUUUUUACUUGGGUAACAAAGAAAAAGAAAACAAGGAAACAAAUGAGAAAAUGAAUGCAAAGAACAAGGAAUCCUUACUUGAGGAAAGUUUCUGUGGAACAUCCAUCAUUGUGCCAGAACUCGAGGGAGCCCUUUAUCUGAAAGAAGAUGGGAAGAAAUCCUGGAAGAGGCGCUAUUUCCUUUUACGAGCUUCUGGAAUUUAUUAUGUCCCCAAAGGAAAGACUAAGACAUCUCGAGAUCUGGCAUGUUUCAUACAGUUUGAAAAUGUCAACAUUUACUAUGGGAUUCAGUGUAAAAUGAAAUAUAAAGCACCCACUGACUACUGCUUUGUUUUAAAGCAUCCCCAGAUUCAGAAGGAGUCCCAGUAUAUCAAGUAUUUGUGCUGUGAUGAUGCGAGAACACUGAGUCAGUGGGUCACGGGGAUACGGAUCGCCAAGUAUGGAAAGACGCUAUAUGAUAACUACCAGCGUGCCAUGGCAAGGGCAGGGCUCGCCAGUCGGUGGACAAACCUGGGCACUGCCAACGCAGCCCCGCCGGCCCCACCUUCUACAGGCACCACUCAGGCCAAUGGUCAGAUUCCUCAGGCGGCACAUCCUAUGAGUACAGUUCUUGGAGAAGCGCAGAGACACGUUGAACUACCCAAGGACCAGAAGCCAGCCCCGGGAGCGCCCAGGGCCCAGCCCCUCCCGAAGUCCAGCCUGCCUCCACCCCCUCCUGUGCGAGGGUCUUCAGAUGUCAGCGGCAGCCCGGGGAUGCCCCCCAAGGCCAAGGGCACGGCCGACGGCUUCCCCGCCCUGCCCAAUGACCUCCUGCCACCGCCACCGCCACCGCCACCCCUGGAGGACGACGAGCUCCCUCCACCGCCCCCCGAUUUUGACGCGCCCCCGGACUUCGUGCCUCCCCCACCGCCCUCUUUUGUGAGCAAUGUGGGGUCCCCGUUACCGCCGCCGCCGCCUCCCCCACCCACCUUCAUCCCAGAGUCUGCCGAGAAGCCCCCGAUAGUCGUCAAAAGGCCUCCAGUUCCCCCAAAGAGGCAGGAGAACCCAGGACCACCCAGCGGCGGAGGCGGGGAGCAAGAUUUCAUGUCAGAUCUCAUGAAAGCUUUGCAGAAAAAGAGAGGUAACAUGUCGUAAGGAGAACUUACAAAUAUCUUUGGAUGAUGGAUAUAAUCAUUGCUAACCUCAACUGCAUGUUUGUUACUUUGUUCUCAUGACAUUUUGUCCAUUCUUAGAUACAAUAUUGCAGUAUCCUGACUAGAAGUACUGCAAAACAUCUCCCUGUUGCUCAGGUACACCUGUAAUCCUUAAUCUAACAUGGAAUUUAGAAUAUCUACCUAAAUGGACCUACCUUUCCUAUGUAUUUCCACUUCGAUGGAUUUUCCCUUCCAUUUCAAGUUAACUAAAGAAGUUUUAUGUUAUGUUCCGAAGUGUCAAAUUAAUAAAAAUUUAAAUGUUUUUUCCUGAAGAUGGUAUUUUUAGAACUAUCAGUCUGUAAAUCUAAUGCAGUAUCAAUUCUAUUUUAUAACAUACUUGACCUUUUAAAAAUCCUAGGCCUUCUAAAGUCUUGUUGAUCUUUGACAUACUUUCCAUCACCACCUCAGUGACCUCCACGACUUUCACAAAAAUCGAAAGAAAGAAAAGGAAAAAACAGGCAGGGUGAAUUCAAUUUGAGACUCACUGCUUGAUCAAAAGUAUGCCUAGCCAAGUUUCCAUAGUUUUGAGAGAAUCAGAUAGAGGCUGUAUGUUGAUCUCCCUGGCUCCUGAGAAGGCAUCUGGGGAAUGGUCGGUCUGGGAUGAAAGUGUUUUACUCUCUUUUUAAAUGUAAAAGGCCUCAAAAUCUUCUUAAAAGUGGAUAGAAAUUAAAUAAUAGCUAAUGUGUUAUUUUCUACUUAAAAAAUCAUUAAUCUUAUGUUGUAAUAUUUGGGGAAAAGUAAGCUCUAAACUGACAUUUAAAGCAAACAAACAAAAAAGCAAACAGAUUUUAAAACGAAAAUAUUUAGUAAUUAAAACUGGUAAGGUGCACUAAAGUUUUCUGAAGCAUUGGAACCCACCCCUGUGGAUCAAGAGGGCUCAGAGAGUAAGACCCAGGGGACUCACGAAGGGAAAGUGAGGGAUGUGGUUGUUAUGGACCUCCCAGACUCCAAAACCAUCAAUUCAAACAUAUUCCUAACUUAAUGGACAAGAAUUGAGGCCUGAAGAUGUGCUUAACCUACAUCCCAGAAAGCUGGGUCUGUUUGGUUUUAUUUGAGAUGAGCCUUUUCCAAAAUAAUUAUCAACUGGGUAGAGAGGAAGGAUGUUUAUCUCUGCUGGCAUAAGACAAAUUCCAAGAGGACCCUAGGAAUCACCAUUUUGUGGUUCUCAACAGCAUUUUUCUGAGUUACUUGAAUGGAGAGAAUAUUCAAAUUCCAUUUCAGCUUGAUUUUAAAGAUCUGCCAACACAUGACAGAUAAUGUAAAAUAUCAGUUCCCUGUGACCCAGUAAACAUUACAUAUCCUUUCAAAGAAAUACUAUGCAAUCAUCAAAAGUGUCACAUUAUGAAGAAUGAAGUAGCAGGGGAAAAUGUUUAAUUUUAGUGAGAAAAGAAGACUAAAGCUAUUCAAUAAUAUGAUUAGGUACUACUUAAUGUUGGAAUCCUUCAUGAAUUGCACCUGCUUUCCCUACUUAGCCUUGCCAUAUUACAUCUUUUAAGAGAUUUUGUUUCAAUCUGGGUAAACAAUUUCUAGAUGAAAACGGCUUAACAAAAUUGUGUAACGCUCUAUCUGCCAACAACCUGAGCUUGGGCAAGACACUUAUUCCCUCCAGGUCUGUUUCCCCAUCUGUAAUUAGGGCAGAGGGUAAUGUCUAAGUCACAGGAUUGUUGCAAAUACACGUGUUUAAUCUCUAUUUUGGCAAACUCCACCUGUCAGAUAUUUCUUAACAUAUAAAUCUAGAUCAAGAUAAGCCACAGGUGCAUAUUAACAACUUUUGUCUGUAAAGUACCUGACACAUCUUUUACAUAAUAUUCUUCAAUACUGGCGGGGGGGACUCAAUAAAAUUGACUUAAAUAGUUUAUUAUAGGCUUUCAUUCAAUGAAAAAAAACUCCACAAAAUGUUAAAGAUAAAUGUAAUGUGCUCAGCUGUAUGGGUACUUGCACUCUUUAAU